UCCGUACAAUCUUAACAUUUCCCAUGCGAUAUGGCACGAACCUUAGAGGAAAUCAUCAACGAAUUUAGAGAUCGUGAGAAAUCCAAGAACAUCACGACGGCCGUUUGGUAUAUUGUAGCAGCCGCUGCUCUAGCCUCAUCGGGUGCAGGACCCGAUGUUGUACAGCUAUACCAAGCAGCAACAAAACAAAUUAAUUUGGAUGACCAGAAAAUCGUUCAACGACGUAUCAAAGAGGCCAUACUGAAGACAAGCGCUUUAUAUGGUGUUCCGAGGUCAUUACAAGCAUUGCUCCCCUUGUUCAACUCCCUAAAGGACGAAGAGAUCGAUCAUUACGGCCCACGAUGGGAGGCCAUGCAAGCUGAUGCACAGAGCCGCACGAUAUAUGAGAAAACUCGUUACGAAAAGGCACGGCGAUACUUCGAUACGGUGUGGACUCCUGCUGGCGCACAAGCUAACAGAGAUAAAAAUUUCAAAUAUCACCCAGAUCUUUACCUCCUCAAUACUCAAUUAGUCUAUGAGCACUAUUUCUCCGAGGAUGCUAUUCUUAACCCAGUCGAAACGCAGAUGGGUAACAUAGCAGCUUUGAUCUGCUGCAAUUGUCCUGUACAAGCUAUGUGGCACACUCGUGGGCUUAUAAACCAUGGAGGAACUAUAAACCAGGCAGAAUUCUCGCAUGAACUCGCCGUCGCCAUCGCUACCUUGUAUGAAUGUAAAAUAGGCAACCUCACUCCGGUGAGCCAGAUUGACUUCGAAAAUUAUGAGACUCUUUAGGUGCAUU